AUGAGCAAGUCCGACUUGGAGAGGUUGUCCACAAUGGAAAACGUGCAGCUGGCCAUCGAAUUGCAAACAGCUGCGGACAAGUACCUCAUCAAUGGUCUUGACGCAGAUAUGACUAAGACCAUCAUCUUCAGCUUUUCAAAGAUUGACCCACAAGAUCAUCGGCAGCUCCGAGCUGGGCUGCGAGUUUUGCUCAACAGUCUAGGCACGGAUAUCAGAGUCGAGAUCUACCCUCGCUUGUUCAUAUUGGCAACGCUCACAAACAACGCCCAAUAUAUCGUAGCUGACCACGAAGCCUGGCAAAUGCUCAACGAGAGUGAGAAUUAUGCACGAGCUUUUAUGAAAGUCGUGCUGGAAACACCGGCAGAGGCUCUUCUGUUGACGAUAGAUGAUCAGGAAGCGGAGAAGCUGAGAUUCACCUAUUGGAAGAUGGCCAUUGAGACAAUCUGCUCGCUCUGCGAUGUCAAGGUCGAUGAAGAGACGGUUGUUGUGGAGGCGAAAUUGACCGACUUGAUCAAUGAAUUGGACACGUAUGGCACCUUGCAGGAGGCCGCUGAUGCAUAA